CAAAAAGUUUUAAAGCUCCAUAGCACUUGUAUCUUUUUAUCUUCCUUUCUUUCAAAUGAGGAAUCGAUUUCAAUGGACUCUGUUUCAAAAGUUGGCAGACAGACAACAUAAAGGAAGCUUGGGAGAAUCCAAAUUGGUCACCAUACAUUCCAAAUUUCUGUUAUGGGCUGUUGAGAAUCAAAUUGUAGGGAGGGACCUUACAAUCAAGGCAGUUUGAUCUGGAUCCUUCAAAACCUACAGAUUUACAGGCCAGAAACGGGUGCUACAUGCUUAUGAUCAAGGUUUUCUAUGUUGAUCAGUGGUACCCAUAUAUCAGUACCAUGUUGAGCAGCUAGAAUUUAUAAUGGGAGAGGCUAUUGCAUGGAUCAUAAUUGGGUCUGUCAGUGCAGUGCUUCUGCUGGGACUUAUGCUUGUUGGGUGCUCUUACAUUACAUGCAGGCCUAGCAGAGCAGUCUCUGAUAGUGAGAAAUCAUCCACUUCUUUUAACAAGGGCCAACCAGAGCAAAAUGGGUGUGAACAACUGGUGCAUUUUGAAGGAGGUGAAGGACUCACUGUUGAUGAUAUUCUGAAUGCAAGUGGAGAAGUGCUGGGGAAAUCUAGCUAUGGGACUGUGUAUAAGGCCAGGCUGCAAAGAAAUGGUGGGAUGAUUGCACUCAGGCUUUUCAGGGAUGGGUGUAUAAGGAGGUCAGAGGAGUUUGUCUCUGGCAUUCAGGAAUUGGGUUUAAUUAGACACAGUCAUCUACUUGUUAUGCAGGCUUUUUAUGCAGGUCCAAGUGGGGAGAAUCUGGUUAUCUAUGAUUAUAUUGCCAGAGGAAACCUGGAGCAACUUCUUUACAAUCGAAACAGAGCAGCACCUGGAUGGUCUAAGCUGCAUAGAAUUGCAUUAGGGGCUGCCAGGGGUCUAGCAUAUCUUCACAGUGGCCUGCAAACACCCAUAAUACAUGGCAAUCUCAAAACCAAGAACAUAUUAAUAGAUGAAAAUUAUGAAGCCCAUCUUUCUGACUUUGGGUUUCAUGAGCUUAUGAACCAGAGUUCAAAGAUAGCAAUGCUAGAAGCUUCUGCUUCGCAAGGUUACCUAGCUCCUGAAGUCCUGAAGCUGAAGAAGCCAAACACAAAAUCAGAUACAUACAGUUUCGGUAUCAUUUUACUUGAAAUUCUGAUUGGGAGAAGACCAGACGAAAGGGAUUCAGCCAAUCAAAUUGUCGAUCUACCAAUGGUUGUGAAGAAUUUUGUGCUGGAAGAGAGGAUUUCAGAGCUUUUUAGCCCAGCAAUUCUUGGGGGAGGAACAAGAAGCCCAACCGAGGAAGGGCUGCUUAGAGUUUUGCAACUUGCAAUGGGAUGCUGUGCACCUUCUCCUUCUGUUAGACCUGAUAUGAGGGAAGUAGUAAGGCAACUAGAGAAGAUCUGUCCUGCACCUCUGUCACCAACAUAUGGCUUUUCUCCACAAUAUACUUCUGAUGAUAGAAGUAGCAGGGAGUUUGUCCUGUGAGAAGAGGAAUUAAAAGUGCAUUGGCUCAUACCCACUUCACAUUUUUCUUGAGAAUAUAUUAAAAUCCACUAUCCCUCAGAUAUCAGAGUAAAUAGAAUGAUAUUUCAUAACUUGAUGAAAUAAUUUUUUCACAAUCUAUUAUGUUUCUUGCUGUUUCUGAGUUCAAUUGUGUUUAUAAUUUUACAUAAUAUUUUGAAUUCUAUCAUCAGAAUGAUAGAGAGACCUGGAACAUACAAAAAUAUAUCAUGAUCAAUGAGCCUUGCUUUUGGUCAUAUUUUCUUCAAUGCCUUUUAAUCAUUAAGAGUCAAUAAAAGGAUCUUGCUGAGAUCUGUGCAUGAUACUUUCGUAUGAAUUCAUGCAGUUGAUCUUAGCCAUAUCAAUGAGAGUUUAUAGGUUCAUCUGGUUCACUGUCAUACUGAAAAUUCUAUCUGUAGUUGAAAAAAUAGAAUACUCCCCUUCUAGGAUUCUUUUUGAUUUUUUAUAAACUGUAAUAGUUAUCUAAAUGUAUAAGGAUUCUGUGCUACACAUAUAAAUCUAUGAUAUGGUGAUUAUUUCGACCAGAAA